GUCUACGCGUGACGUCACCGACGGGCCCGGACAGGAAGAGGCUCUGGGGUGGCACGUGUGUAUGGCGGCGCGGCGGGCGGGUACAUGGCGGGCUCUGUGGGACUGGCGUUGUGCGGGCAGACGCUGGUGGUGCGGGGCGGCAGCCGAUUCCUGGCCACCUCCACUGCAAGCAGUGAUGAUGACAGCUUCUUCAUCUAUGACUGCAGUGCUGCAGAAAAGAAGUCACAAGAAAAUAAAGGGGAGGACGCGCCCUUGGUCCAGGGGAGCGGUGUGAUUCUGGCGUCCACCUUCUCCAAGUCUGGCAGCUAUUUUGCUUUAACUGAUGACAGUAAGCGUCUGAUUCUUUUCCGUACAAAACCAUGGCAAUGUCUGAGUGUCAGGACGGUGGCGAGGAGGUGUACGGCCCUGACCUUCACGGCCUCUGAGGAGAAGGUCUUGGUGGCCGACAAGUCUGGAGACGUGUACUCCUUUUCGGUGCUGGAGCCUCACGGAUGUGGCCAGCUAGAGCUGGGGCACCUGUCCAUGCUGUUAGAUGUGGCUGUGAGUCCUGAUGACCGCUUCAUCCUCACUGCAGACCGGGACGAGAAGAUCCGAGUCAGCUGGGCCGCCGCACCCCACAGCAUUGAGUCUUUCUGCUUGGGACACACAGAGUUUGUGAGCCGAAUCUCCGUGGUGCCCACUGAGCCCGGGCUGUUGCUGUCCUCCUCUGGGGAUGGCACACUGAGGCUCUGGGAGUACAGGAGCGGCCGCCAGCUACACUGCUGUCACCUGGCCAGUCUGCAGGAACCAGCGGACCCCCAGGCCCCCCAGAGGCUGGCCGCGUCCAGGAUUGCGUUCUGGUGCCAGGAGAACUGCGUGGCGCUCCUAUGCGACGGCACUCCUGUGGUCUACAUCUUCCGGCUGGAUGCUGGCAGACAGCAGCUGGUAUACAGGCAGCAGCUGGCGUUCCAGCACCAAGUGUGGGACGUGGCUUUCGAGGAGACCCAGGGACUGUGGGUGCUUCAGGACUGCCGGGAGGCCCCCCUGGUGCUCUGCAGACCUGUGGGCGGCCAGUGGCAGUCUGUUCUUGAGAGCGCUGUGUUAAAGAAAGUCUCCGGUGUUCUUCAUGGGAACUGGGCCAUGAUGGAAGGCUCUGCCAGUGGGGAUGCCAGCUUCAGCAGUCUCUACAAGGCCACCUUUGACAACAUGACCUCCUACCUGAGAAAGAAAGAGGAGAGGCUGCAGCAGCAGCUGGAGAAGAAGCGGCGCCGGAGUCCCCCGCCUGGGCCCAACGGGCACGCCAAGAAGAUGAGGCCAGGGGAGACGGCCUUGAGUUGCUGAGCGUGGCAGUCAGUGGGGCCUUUCACCUCGAGUCAGGAAAAGUGCUUUCACUUGUUCCCCUACAUCCUGGUGUCUCCCUUCAAGAAGAAAAAGGUGACAUCAGUUGCGAUCAGCUCACAGGAUGGGACUGUUCCCUGGGCUCCAGAAAGAACAUUCUGUGUCACCAGGCAGAGGCGCUUGCUUGGUGCCUGUGCCCCGUUUCUGGUUGAAGGGAAGCCAGACCGGUGGAGGGGAAGCUCUUGAAGCGCUUUGUUUUCAGGUCGGAGGCAGCGUGCUCGCCUGUGGUGGCGGCAGCUGUGCGUGGUUCUGCUGUUCUACCGCCAUUCGUACCUGGCGCGUCUUCCUCUAGGAACGUCCACGGGCUGGCAUUUCUGGCAAGUGGACGUUUUCAUGCCGUCUCGGCGUCCAGGUGAUGUGCUGCCCCUCGGUAGCUGCUUGCCACACAGGCUGUUGAAACAGCACGAACGUUCAGCCCGCCCCAGCCCCAACCAGACCCCUGUGCACAGGAGCUGCUUCUGGAGAGUAGCUCUCUCGUGGGAAGUGCAGAAAUGCAUUUUGGAGUUGCAGGGAGCUCUGUCAGGCAGCGCCGGCACAGAUGGUGAACUUCUUUCAGGAAUUGUGAGGACAGGGGCCCAGCUGGCACCCGGUUUGACAGGGAGGUGAUUGAGGACGUUGUUAUGAUUUGACUUGACCUUGGCACACGCUGCAGAGCCUCAGCGAUGCUGCUGAAUUUCAGUCACCAAUCAGCAGGGAUGAACCUUCACAACUUCCUAGAAAUGUUUAGCAGCAGCAGAAUACAGCCAGCAAAGCGUCUGGGUGCAUGCACUGUGUGAGUGAGGCGCUCACUGUGUGGUCUGGGAAGAGUCUUCUGGGAGCAUCAGGUCAUUCAUUCAGGCCGGCUCCUGCCUGCUCUCCAGUGCUGAAGUCUCCACCCAAGAACAGCUGUGCGUGCUGGUGAUGACUUUCACGUGGGGUGUCGCUGGGGACUUAAUCCUUUUGUGUAUCAAAAGCUGGAAUGCUUCCAAUUUUUCAUAAGUGCCUUGUUUUCCUUUUAACAUUGAUCUGGAAACAGUGCUGCCUGGAGAGCUGAGGCCCCCUCCUGUCUGCUGGGCAUCAGGGGUUUCAGAACGGAAGGGCCGUGCUGGGCCAUGUCCUCCUCUCGAGCAGCCUGACGUUCACGCUGCUGGGGCGUCCGGUGCAGGGAUGCCCUCCCGUUCAUAGUCUGCUUUGAAAGUCUUGGUUUUAGGAGAAGUUCAGGUUGGUGUCGCCAUAUCAUCACUUCAGAGAGGGGCUUGCAGACAGGCCCAUGUGCUGAAUCCCGCCCACGGCCUGAUACAUGGCCUGUGAAUGGUUUUUUACCUUUUAAAAAUGGUUGAAAACAAAUUAAAAAUAUAUUUCAUGACAUGAAAA